CUCUCUCUCACACUCACACUCUCUCUCACACUCAAACUCACUCUCUCUCUCACACACUCAAACUCACUCUCACUCUCUCUCUCUCACUCUCUCUCACACUCACACUCUCUCUCACACUCAAACUCACUCUCUCUCUCUCACACUCAAACUCACUCUCACUCUCUCUCUCUCUCACUCUCUCUCACACUCAAACUCACUCUCUCUCUCUCACACUCAAACUCACUCUCACUCUCUCUCUCUCUCUCACUCUCUCUCACACUCAAACUCACUCUCACCCUCUCUCUCUCUCACUCUCUCACACUCACUCUCUCUCUCACACUCAAACUCACUCUCUCUCUCUCUCUCUCUCACUCUCUCACUCUCUCUCACACUCUCUGUGUCUCUCUCUCUCUCUCUCUCUCUCUCUGACUGCUUUGUGAUUCCGCCAUUAAUUCUGAUAUUCCAGGCAUCUUUUCCCUUUAAUUAGUGGUGUGUGCCAAGGCGAGUAUCUCUAUUACUAUAGAGCUCAACAGUCUGCUUCUGAAAGUAAAAAACAUUCAGUGUUUUAAACGGGGGAAUUGAUUAUUAGCAAACCUAUGCCAUUUCAAGACGAUUGCAAGAACCUUAUAAACCUCCAGACACUGACCUCGGAGCUGGUUGGUUGGGUUAAUGGCGUCCAACUCCUUUUUAUGAAGGAUUUUAUGAAAUAUCUAUGGUGACAUACUCCUGAAAUCAGGACGUCUAUACAAGUGUGAGGGAACUUCUGCGCUCUAUUGCUCAUCAUCAGGGAAACCGAUUUAAACAAACCCCCACUUGACGUAUUAAACUUCGGCAUAUAACUUGCACCAUCUGUCUACAGACAUAAAUGAUGCUUCAAAUCACGCAACUUGUAUACAAAGUGCAUACAUUUUUUAUUAUAUCGCCCACCCUUACUCAACGCCUAGUUUGACUGCUGUUUAAGGCCUGUGAAAGCCAUCAGAGAAACAAAGCCCUUUCAUGGCCGCCUCUCUCCCCUCCCUCCUUCUGUUUCUCUCCCUUCGUCCUCAUUCGCUCGCUGUCUCUUAGUGUGCUAUACGAGUGUGUAUGUGUCUGCAUGGUAGUACAGCGAGCAGUGGGGGAAGGGAAGAGAGAGCGUGAACAGCUGUCCUUCGCUGUCAGCCAGAGCAUUUCCAACGUGCCUCGUUCCGUGUCUCUGUACUUAAGGAGGGGGAGGGGAGAGAGACGCGCGGCUCCAGCGCUAGCAGAGGACGCGGGGAGGGGAAGAUCCAUCCGGCUGAUGGAGUCUCCGGUGUCUACGCCGGCACCACCACCCCUCCACCUCCUCGCACCUGUCGGAAACAGCGACAUCUCCUCGUGUGAGCAGAUCAUGGUUCGCACACGCUCUGUGGCCGUCAACACUUCUGAUGUGGCUCUCGCCACUGAACCCGAAUGUCUGGGACCCUGUGAACCCGGAACCAGUGUCAACCUGGAGGGCAUAGUCUGGCAGGAGACGGAGGACGGUAUGCUGGUUGUAAAUGUUACCUGGAGGAAUAAAACCUAUGUGGGCACGCUUUUAGACUGUACUCGACAUGACUGGGCACCCCCACGGUUUUGUGAGUCACCCACAAGUGACUUGGAGAUGAGGAAUGGCCGUGGGCGGGGUAAGAGAAUGAGGCCCAAUAGUAACACACCAGUCAAUGAGAACAGCAACUCUUCUGAUAAUAAAGGCAGCAACAACUGCAAGACUCGAGCUGCGUCUAACAGUAAGGGGCGACGGGGCAGUCACAAUUCCUCUGAACGUCGCACCCCACCAAACAGUAAUACAGAGGAAGUAAAGGCUAGUCCAUCAUCUGCUAACAAACGCAAGAACAAGCCUGCCUCAGACAUGGAGCCCAACUCCAGUUCAGAGGACACUAAGGGGAGCAAACGUGUGUGCACCAAUUCAAACAGUGUAAUACCUUACCCUAUUCUUCCCCUCUCCAACAUCAAAGCAGAACCCUUGCCCCCUUCUUUGGACCGCAACUGCACCUCACCAAUACUCAUUGACUGCCCCCAUCCCAACUGCAACAAGAAGUACAAGCACAUUAAUGGCUUGAAGUAUCACCAGGCUCGUGCUCACAAUGAUGAUGACAUCAAGCUAGACAUAGAUGGAGAUAGUGAAUAUGGUGAAGACUCCACUUUGCACCCAGAUCCAGGCAGUUGCAAUGGUGCAUCCAUUUCCCAGAAGUGCUGUGCCUCUACUGCACGGUCAAUCACCCCUAAAGGCAGAGGAUUUGAUGUCCAGAGCUCAUCACCGUCAUCAGGCAAGUUCAGCUCCAAGCAGCCUGGCAAGAAGAAACUGGAGGCUGAUCAAGAAUCUGGUGUGCCCAUGGAUGGCUGUGAAGAUGGCCCAUGUCUUACAGAUGAAACGAGCAAUGAUGGCAUUGAUGAUAAGAAAGGCUUGGAUAAAGCCAAGAAGUCUGCAAGUGGUUCUAAGACAGACAAGCUUACUCAGAAGGGAAUGAAGUCAACAAGGCCCCUUGUUCCCUCCUUACCAACACAGCAGUUGUAUAGCUUACCCACAGCUGGCUUUGCUGCUCCUAAUUCUGGCUCCUCCUCUAGUAUGGGCUCUGUGGUCCAGUCCAUAAGCAAGAGCCCCCAACUAAAAACCAUUCAACCCAAACCUGCAGUAAUGGGAGACCCCUCAAUGAACCCAGCCUUGAGUGGCACUAAGGAUAAGAAGAAGAAAGAUAAGAAAAAUAAAGAGGGUGGUAAGGAAGGGGACAGUCCCAAAGCCCCUGGUAAAGGAGGGAAACCUGAAGAAGGCAAGAGCCCAUAUUCUGAGAGCUCAGACCAAGGUAGCAAGAGUGAGGGGCUGUUAAAUGGUUCCACAGACCCUCAGCAGAGUCGGCUAGCCAGCAUGAAAGCAGAGGCGGACAAAAUCUACAGCUUUUCGGACAAUUCUCCGAGUCCAUCCAUUGGUGUAGCUAGCCGAAUAGAAAGUGGUGGAAUAGCACAACCUCUCACUCCACUUCAUGUGGUUACCCAAAAUGGGGCAGACAACUCUUCUGUGAAGACCAGCAGCCCAGCAUACUCUGACAUAUCUGAUGCAGGGGAGGAUGGUGAGGGCAAAGUGGAGGGUGUAAAGGUCAAGUCUGAGGAUCAGGCUGUUCGAGAAGGUGCUAAGAAAUCCCUUUUUCCAUCCCAACCACCAAACAAAGACUCCUCUUAUUACCCAGGUUAUGAAGCGUACUACUCGCCAAAUUAUGUUAACCCAAACCCCAGUCCGGGACUCUCUAACACUGCCACGUUGUUGCAAGAUGGUGCAGUAAAGGUGAAAAAAGAAGAAGACCCAGAACCAGGGAACGACAAGGCCAAAUCAGAACCACCUGAAGAUCGAAAGCCAGACAUAUGUGCAUCAUCUCCGCAACAACAGCUGCCUUCAGUCAUUCAGCAGCGUUCUAGCAUGUUCAUGCAGCCCCUUUAUUACAACCAGUAUGCCUAUGUACCUCCCUAUGGCUAUUCCCCAAAUCAGGCCUACCAUAACCACCUAAUGAGCACAAACCCUGCUUACAGGCAACAGUGUGAGGACCGGCAGCGACAAGCAGCUGAGCAGCAUCGUGCCGCAGAGAAGAAAUCGGAGGCUGCUCAGAAGGACAGGGAAACCUUUAUGAAGCCUGAAGAGUGGAAGCAGAAAGCUUCAGUUCCCCCUACCUUGUCUAAGGCUGCAAGCCUCUCAGACUUGGGCAAGCCCUCCCCACAGGGCAAACCCAAAGAUCUCACAGAGCCAGGCAAGUCUGUCAUUAUCCCCAAAGUGGAAGAUGGUAAGGGGCAGACCCAGCAGGGUGAUGGUUUAAAAAUGAAGCUGAGUGAAGCAGGAUAUCAUGGAAAGGAUGAGCAAAAACCAGGCCUCGAGUCUGGAAGGUCAGCUAUGGAGCAGGCCAUGUACAUGUAUAGACAGGAGCCGGACUCCCGACUGUGGCCCUACGUUUACCCCAGUAAGUACCCCGAUGCUCAGAAACAGAUAGAUGAUGAAAGGUGGAAGGAGAGAGAACGGGAUCGUGAGCGUGAAUGGGACAGAGACCGGGACAGAGACCGUGAGAGAGACAGAAAGGGCAAAGAUGAAAGGCAGCGUCCUAAAGACCCUCCCUCUAAAGAGGAAAGCAAGGAAGGGACAGAGCCACGAACCUCAUCGGCCUCAGAGGACCAUAGAGGAGUCAGCAAAGACCCACGAGCACACCUGCAUUUUUCCUCACCUCUGCCGCAGCACCAGUCGUAUAUGUCCUACAUGCAUGGAUUCCCCUAUGGCCAGGGCUAUGACCCCAACCAUCCCGGAUACAGGGUGAUGAUGCAGAAUUACCCUCCGUCGUACCUGUCGCCAGGAUACUCUUUUUCCCCAUAUGGCAAUAAGAUGCCCCAUGGUGAAGAGAGCGAGAAGUCACGUGCUAGUCCUACAGUGAGUGGCAAGUCUGCAUCUGAGUCCAAAGCCUUGGACAUCCUGCAUCAGCAUGCUAGCCAGUACAAGAGCAAAUCGCCAACAGUGGGUGAAAGGAUGCACCAUGAAAGAGAUAGAAGUGGAAGUGAGAGGGAAAGAGACGGCGAACGUCCAAGAUCUUCGCCCUCUCAGCGAAUCCUGCCCUCCCACCAUCACCUGGGCUACCAACUACUCCCAGGACAGUAUGACUUGUCCUAUGCUACAGGUAUCUCCUCUUCAGCCAUUGUUGCCAGUCAACAGGCCUCUGCCCCCUCACUAUACCCCCCAGCACGGAGGUGAGAAUGGGAGAAGUGACUGGCCGCUUUUGCAGACAUGUGACUGGUUCACAUGGAGGGCAAGGUGUGGAGCUUGUUAUAACAUCAGUUCAAUGAUGUUCCUGAUUGAUCUUUGACCACCAUCGUCAUAGAAGGAAAGUGGAUGCCCACCCAGCCUUCCACGUAAUCAUCAAACUCCACCCCACCUCCGCAAGUCUCUGGAAGCGCACGUCCAGGCGCCCGCCUCUCUGUGCUGCUGACUACAUACUCAGGAGAGAGGAGACAUUUUCUGUCUGCAGAGAACCUCGCACGAUGCGCAAAGCCUCCUAAACAUGGACCUACGGAGUGUGGGAAGUCUUGAAUGAACCCGGAAAACAAAGACAUUCUAGAAGUCACUACAUAGUUUUGUGUUAAAGCAUGGGCCUUUAUGGAAAGCGUGAAGUGCUACUGUUCCGGACUGCUGCUGUAGAGCCUUGAGGAUUACAAUGUUGCUGUUGGGGGGGUUAUCUUGAGAGAAGGAUCCCAGUAUCUUGGUUGUCGCUUUUCAGCUUUCUACAUAUACAUAAUCCUUCACACUCUCUCUGUGGACUAUGCAAGUGGAUAAGUCUUGAUUUCUUCACUCAGAUCCCUCAGAUCAUUCAGGGCAGUAAACUCAGUUACAUUUACCAUUGUGAUGCCAUUGUGUCCACAUACUGUACUUGAGCCCCGAUUGACUGUAUCAUCUGUUUUUUAAGGCAUUUGUUUUAAAACGCGCCUCCUCUGUCUUUAGUGUUAAGUUUUUAUAUUUUAUGUCCUUUCGUUUAUUUUCAUUUUUCAGUUAUGUAUGAUGAGCAAAUCGCCAAGGGUAUUCAGCAUCAGUUGCUUGGCAUUUUGCAGUGCAAGUCAAGCUGUAGAUGCUUUUUUUUCUCAAGAGGACAAGGCAGGGCUUCAUUAUUGGGUGGUUCAGCAAUGGCCUGUGUUUUGGUGCCAUUACGGGCUUCUGACAUUCGGAUAAUCCGGGUCAUGCAGGGAAGAUGGCACAUUGGCUGCUCUCAGAGAUGCUCGGGCAUUGAGUGUCCCCAAAGGCGACAACUUUCAGUUUCAAACUGGACUUAUGGAAUUGGAGAUUGUUUCCAUACUGUGUUGCUACAUGAACGUUGUUAUCAUUGGUGUACAUGUGUGGACACAGGGCUAGCUGCUGUUCCCAAGCCCAGCUCUUGUGAUUAGACAGUCGAUUGGAGCACAAGAUGUGUGUUGGCCAAUAGAGUUACCAGACUGUACUGAACUGUGUUUGUCUGGUAACAAACCGAACUCUUCACUCACGGAUACAUUGAUAUGCUGCUUGCUAAUCUCAUACUAGAAUGCACGAGUGAAGUCCGAGGGCAAAUCUUCAAGGCUUACAACGAUCUGAUAAUGCCAAGAGCGGAUUAGAGCCAGCAUCCACCGUAUGGACUUCAAUUUUGGGUUGGUCCAAACUGAUCCACAGAGUCACGGAGCACCAAACAAGGAAGACCGUAGCUAAGAAAUAUGCCCUCUGCCUACUGCUGCUUGAACCCCAGGAUUGAAAAGAGGCUUUUGAACGUUCCCUCACUUUCUUCUGUACGUUUGCAUGGUAUAUUCCAGCACUUGGUAAAAGCAUUAACCCAAACAGAGAGCAAAGCGACAUGCGCAGGCGUCCUUCCUCUUCUCCCUCACUAUGUGCUUUUCUGUAUAUAUUGUACAAAAGGAAUUAUUUUAAAAAGGUUGUUGGAUGCUAUCGGAUAUCCUUACUUUUGUUCUGUGUCUUUUAGCCUUUUUUUCUACCAUUGUUGACAUAGUAUCAACGUGUAGCUGGUAUAACAGCUUUAUAUUGGAAAGUGUUUUUAACUACUUUUUCUACCCCUCCUCUUCAACAGCAAGUCAGUUCCACUCCGCUUUAAACUUUUUAAAAGCACGUCUUAUUGCAGUUUACUUUUUGUGUUUACUUGCAUACUGAAAUAAGAUCGGUUUUAAUGCCGUCAAGGGAUUUUUAGUCUGCACCCCUUCAGAACUUAUUCCCAACUUAUUGGAGAAAAGACAAAAUGGGGAGGAAUUAACAACAAGAGUCCGGUGCUAUCUUGGGCGGGUUUUUCCAGUUCAUCAUCAUGCAGUUACUGUCUGAAUAUUAGACUCUCAGGAGAGCAUCAUUUAAAUCAGAGCAUUUGAAAUCAUACUGGCAUGUUCAUCGCUGUCAGCUCCAUACAGGAGAGUUGAUUAUUGAAAGCUACAGGGAAGAAGGCUUUUUUUGUAACACAAUUAAUUUAUUGUGCAGCGGCUUUUCCUGCUAAACAUGACCAUUUGUUUUUCAUCUUUGUCGUGAGACAAAGAAGGGAUGGACUCAUUCUAUAUUUCAUCUGAUGCAUUGCAAAAGAGGAAAAGUAAUCAGCAGAUAUUGAAUAUUUGUAUGGUGGAUUCUUUGCUCCUUGGUUAAGAAGGCUAAUUUCAAGCCGCCAGAUCCCCUUGUCUGUUUUGAAGCUAACGAGGCCUAAAUACAUGCGUUCAUAAUCCUAGUUUCAUUUCGAGCCAGAACCAAGUUUUCUUUUUAUCCUCUCAUUUUCAAUGGACACCGUAACAUGUUAUAUGCUGUUUUAGGACCUGCUUUUGCUACGUCUACUCGCAGCACCAACAAUAACGAUUCUAACACAUACUUGACGACGUCCCGCCACGCAGUACAUGUUAAUAAGAGAGUUAAAAUUUUUAUAUAUAGUAAUAACCUCACUUUUAAUUGUUCUGAAUUUGCGUGUUUAGCCAGUAAACCUGUGCUGUCUGGUGACUUGUUUCAUAAUUGUUGAGGAAAAAAGCGCUUGAUUGUUUUAAUUUAUUUUUUGAGGGUUCUUUGUUGUUGUUUUUUUUUAGUACGUUUUCACCUUGUAGGAAGAUGAAGCGACCGGUUUUGUUUUAACAGUUCAUACGUUUGUUCAUACUUGUUUCAGACGGUGCUUAAAUAGCCCUGUGCGAUCCUCAUGGGAAGAGAAGAGCGAUUUCGCUUUUUAGUUUUUAUUUUCUAUUUUCCAAUCGUAUUAGGCCCCUCCCUUAAUCCAUCCCACUACUCAUGCCCCGCCCACCCCAUAUCAGCAGAGAGCAGCGGCUCCGUGUCUGUCAUCGGUACUUGAAAGAAAGAUGUUUACACCUGUUCAUUUCUGUUUUUGGAUACAUUUCUCUUUGUAAACAGUCACUCGCUCUUUCCCCGCCUACUGUCUCGCUGCCUCUGUCCCACUCACUGUUCCUAGGGAUCUCUUAUGUAAAGUGUAAAUUGCUACUUUUUUUUUUUUUUACAAUACUGUAACUUGCCUUUGUAAAUUUAGGCAGAAAAUAAAUCUUUUUAU